AUGCUGUUUCCUAAAUAUUUUAGCGAUGAACCUGUUUAAGAAAGAUAAUUCUAUAUGGGGAUUUUAACAUCAUCAGCAUAGAUUACUAUGUGCACAUUAGUUAUGGAGGUUAUAUGGAAUAUCAACUUAAUAUUCAUUGGAAUGCUAGGUAAAGCUGAAAUCAUAGCUGCAGUAGGAUUAUCUGAUAUGGUGAUUUAUUUUUCAGGAGGUUUAUUUGUUAUGGGUUUAAAUGAAGGCUUUACUAGUCUAGCUGGACGCGCAUUUGGAGCAGGUCAUUUAAAACUUAUAGGAAUUUAUUUAAAUAAAGCUUUAUUUUUGAUACUUUGCUUUUAUAUAGUUCCAUUAGUUGUGGCAUUUUACUCUGAUAAGAUUCUAAUUCUUUUAUGGUAGAAAGAAGAAGUAGCUAUUAUUGCCAGAGAAUAUUUGCUUUGCCUAUUACCCGUAAUACUUUUUGAGUAUAUUUUCGAUUUAUUAAGGUCAUACCUAAAUGUUAUGGAAAUAUACCAUGUUCAUAGUACCAUAAAUCUUAUAACUACCUCUAUUCACCCCUUUCUUUGUUGGUAUUUAUUACCUUAUGGAUUUAAAGGAAUUGCUCUUGCUUCUACUAUUACUCAAGGAGCUAAUAAUAUACUUAUUUUGUCUUACAUAAUAAUAGUAAAUCCAUGUCCUGAAUCUUGGUUCUUUUCCUUCAAAAGUAUAUUUAAAGGACUUAAAAAAUAUAUUCUUUACGUUAGCCCUAUUGCAUUUCCAAUCUGCUUUGAUGCCCUAUUUUAUGGCAUUAAGACUAUGAUUGUGGGAACCUUUCAGAAUUCUAGAAUGCUAGCUGCUCAUGUAAUUGUUACCAACAUAUUUGAGAUCUUCUACUGUAUAUUUUUAGGAGUUAACUUAUCUUUAAACACUCUAAGUUCUAAUGCUAUAGGAGAGCGCCAUAUAAAGAAAUGUCGUCUCCUCACAAAGUUUAGCUUUUUUUUUGGAAUAAUAACUGGAAUUUUAUUUAUGAUCUUUUUUAUGUAUUUCUCGAAAUCAAUAUAUCAACUUUACACUUAAGAUAGCGAAGUACUUUAAACUAUGGUAGAUAUAAGCAAAGUUAUAGCUGUUUUUGUUAUAUUUGAUUACACUUAGUCCUGCCAACAGGGUAUUAUAAAAGGAGUUGGUUUAGUUGAUUAUGGAUUUUACUCUGUCCUAUUUAGUUAUUGGGUAGUAGGUAUGCCUCUAUGUGCUUAUUUGGGAAUAUAUAAAGAUAUGUAAUUAUUAGGUGUUUGGUUAGGUUAUGGUAUUACAGUAAUAAUAUUAUUCCUCUUAAAUACUUUUAUUAUUUGGAGAAUAGAAUGGCCUAGCCUAAUUAAAGAAAAGUAUGAAGAAAUGUAAGAAGAUAAUAGACUUAUGAUAUUAGAAGAAGAAGAAUUCUACAAGGAGUUCGAACUUCAUAAUGAGCACAUUUGA